GAUGUCCCACACCAGCAUGUCAUUGUCAUAAUCUUUGUAUUCCAUCACUGUCACUUCCUUCUCGUGAGAUUUCAGUGAGAAGAUCAUUCAUAUGACAGGUUUGAGUCCCGGCCGUGUAGGGUUCAAAUUGGUGUCCCCAGAGCCGUGCAUUUGCUGGACAAUGCGAUCCAUGUCCUCGAACAAUUUCUCAGAGGGCUUUUGCAUACCAACUCGAGACCUAGUUUGGAGAAACAUGGUGCUGGUGUUAUCCGGUGCAAUCAUCGUCCCAUCGAUAGUGUAGGGGAAAGCAGCGUCUAUACCCUGUUGCCCGAACUGCGCGGAAAUUGCGACACGUCUCGUAAGAUACUGAAGCCAUGACUUCAACCCUGGGACGUUCCCAUAGAUCUUGAUGGUGUGAUUAAAGUUUCCGAAUGAGUUCUCAAAUGUCUCUUGAAAAUUCUUGGUAUGGAAAAAUCGACCACCUUCUGCCAGGAGGUAUUGGUAAGCAGGCACUUCACGAAGCUAGGUAUCGAAAAUUUGCCAUCUCUAGUGGCAGCAUCGCUGGCGAGAAUAAUAAGGAGUUCAGCCACCCUCUCCCCUCGUUCACCCACACUGAUCCCGGCAGAGUUAUUAAUAAAAACACCGCAGAGCGCCUCCUAAAAUUCUUGCGCAUUGCAGGCUUGGUACCCUGAGAUGAUUGGCUCGCUCGGAGAGCCAGUGAAAAGAGUUUCGUUAUUAUCGGUGAUUCCAUAGAGCACACGCAUGUGCUGAGCAAUCUGCUGAUUCAUCAACUGGAGGGCUGCACCUGUAUUUGUACGAAUAUCGAGUGGGAUCCGUCGCGCUAAAAUCGCCAGCCUUUGACCUUCAUUGUAGCCUGUUUCAUUUGAGGCGCCGACUAGCUUCUCCGUGGCAAAGGUGACCAAACUCUCCCUCACAUUACUGUCGAUGCCAUGCUCAGCCCCUUUGCGAAAUCUUCAGACCAUUGUGCAUAUCUUGCGAUUUCGACGUCGCUCGCUUCCUGCAUUUGUCGACUCUCGGCCCGCUCUCCUGCCCAUGCGUCACGGUACAUCAAGCCGUCUACUUCCAUGACCAGCGGUAACGAUUGGAUUGUUUACCCGGCAGCACCAAAGGUCACCCCAGUCUCCCCUGACACAAGUCGAGGACGCAUCCACCGUACCCUCGCCCAAUCCCGCCGACGCUCGCCAAAACCUGCCCAUGCGCUUGUCCAACACCGACCAUAGUCC